AUGACUUGGAAUAUGACAUCCGUCUCUCAAGUCAACACAUCAACAUGGGCUGGAAUAAUCGAUUCAACAGACAGAAUUCCCAAUGUCUUCAUUGCUGUGCUGAUAUUCAUCACUUUUCUGUUUGGGCUAGUUAUGAACAAUCUAGGUUUUAAUUCUUACCGUUACCUGCAUGUUUUCCACCCACACUUUUACAGAAGACACAUGAUGCAUCGAUAUGCCACAGCUAUCUGCAUUUUCUUAUGGUUGUUGGCCAUCGUCUGUAGCUCACCUUAUGGUGUGAUAAGAAAACUCAAAAUUGAAAACAGCCCUGCUAUCUGUUACAGUGAUUACAAUCUGUCUGGGAAACUGAAUAACAAAGAGACACUUCUGGUCAAAGAGAGCUUUUUCAUAUUUCGUGUUAGUUCUGGUUAUCUGAUUCCCUUGUUUGUGAUCUUGUUUUGUUAUUUACAAAUUAUACUCAAGAUGAAGAAGGAGAUACUGACCAGGACUACCAAGCCCUACAAAAUCAUCUUAAUCCAGUGAUAUAAUUUUUUUGUCUGCAAACUGCCCUUCCAUAUCUAUUUUGGAAGAAGGUUGUGGUCUACAAUAAAUAAGAAAAAGGGAAGUUUUGGAGGAAGAACCCUGGAAAAAUUAAAGCCCAUUGCACUAUGCUUUGCCUGUUUUAACUUCUGUUUCACCCCAGUAUUUUGCCUCUUCGCUGUAGAAAGCUUCAAUAAAGUAUUCAAGAAGUCUAUAAUGUUCCUGAUUGAGUCAAUGCUUAAUGAAGUCUUUGCGUCCUCGAACAAGAGACUGGAAGAAAAAACAACCCCUCAUUCCUCAUCUAUGGUCAUAUAUGAAAGCCAUGGUGAUAAUAGAAUUGUGCUUUCGGUCUCAGAUAAAUUGUAA